GAGAGAUGGACAGAUGACUCAAAAAGGAGACGAAAAGGAGAAAAAUGCUCACCGCGACCGUACACAUCAAACAGCGGGAGAAUAUAUUCUCUGGGUUUUUCUUAUUUUGUCCUCUUUGUUCCAUCCAAACGUUGUCGGUGUGACGAGCAGGGAGGGGGGCGUGACUGGCAUCAUUAAAACCUCUGAUACCCCCACAAGCACGCGCACACUCAGACACGCGUGAACACACGGAGGGAGAUGUUUACAGCUUUGACCGCUUGGACUCCACUGAGCGGAAUAAGGCGAGCACAGCGUUCACACGGCUUCAGACUCUGACGGUCUGAGUCAUUUUCAUUUUUAGUCAUUUUCAUUCUCGUUCAGCUUCAAAGUUGGAAUCUGGGACUGAAUCGUGACAGCAUGGAUUUGUUCGGCGCGCGUCGCCUUCUCAGGAUUCGGUGCUGCUGGAAGGUUUCCGUUCUGCUCAGCGUUUUCUUUCACAGCUGCCCGAGCUCCUCGUUGGACUGUCCCCCCACCUGCACCUGCUCUCCCACUGAAAUCUUCUGCAGUAAGUCCGACAACAGCCAGUUCUUCCCGCUGCUGUCCUUCCAGGGGACCGGGAAUGCUGGGAAUAAUACCGGGAGCAUCGAGGAUCUUUUCCAGAACAUCACCUCCAUACACAUCGAGAACUGGACUGGUCUGCAGACUUUGAGGGAUUUCGAUAUGGAGCUCUACACCGGCUUACAGAGGCUAACCAUUAUGAGGAGCAACCUACACACGAUCCAGGCUCGCGUUUUCUCCAACAACCCACAGCUUCGUUACAUAAACCUGUCCAAGAACCCCAUGUUAACCACGUUGUCCUGGCAGAUCUUUGAACAUCUGCCGCUUGUGGAACUGCAUUUGGAGGAUGUGGUGUUCACCUGCGGCUGUGAGAUUCGCUGGCUGCAGCUAUGGCAACAGAGAGGAGAGGCAGGUCUUAGCAGCCAGCAGUUAUACUGUGCUGACAGCUACAGGACAAUAUUGCUUCAAGAUAUGAACAUCAGCAGUUGUGACCUACCAGAUAUCAGCGUCAGCCACAGCAACCUCACAGUUGUCGAAGGUGAUCAAGUAACGGCAAUCUGUAAUGGCUCUGGUUCACCAUUACCUGAAGUGGACUGGCCUGUCAAGGGCUUGCACUCCAUCAAUGCACAAGAGGCUAGAGUCUACGACAAUACUAUUCACUCCAUCAACAUAACCUUGGUCAAUGUAAGCAGAGAUGACAACAACUUCAGUUUAAAAUGCACUGCCACCAACAUAGUGGGCAUGACCAACGCUUCGGUUCAGCUAACUGUUCAUUUUCCUCCCACCAUUAUUAGGCUGAAGGAGCCAGAACGCCGCCAUGACACGUGCAUUGAGUUUACCGUUCGUGGUUCACCCCACCCAGCCUUACGAUGGUUCUAUCAAAAUGAGGAAAUUUCCCACACUGAGUAUGUGCGUCCUGACAUGGAUAUUUACCUGGACUACAUAGAGGGAUGCCUAACCUUUAAAAACCCAACACACCACAAUAAUGGCAAUUAUACUCUGGAGGCCAGAAACUAUCUGGGCAUAGCCACCAGUACUGUGUAUGGGCACUUCCUGGAAAAGCCUUUUGGUACAGAUGAUUACGAUUAUGGAGCCACAGGUGAACCAGGAACUCCAACUGCAGAGACUCACAUACCAGAGGAAGAUACUUUUGGGGUAUCCAUAGCAGUGGGCCUGGCAGGGUUUGCCCUAAGUUUGAUGCUGGUGGUUCUCUUUCUUCUCAUCAACAAGUAUGGUGGGCGAUCCAAGUUUGGCAUGAAAGGUCCAGUGGCAGUGAUAAGUGGUGAGGAAGACUCUGCCAGCCCCCUUCAUCACGUUAACCAUGGGAUCAUUAGCCCCUGUACACUGGAUGCUGGACCAGCUGCAGUGGUGAUUGGAAUGACUAGAAUUCCUGUUAUAGAGAACCCACAGUACUUCAGACAUGGGCACAACUGCAACAAACCUACCACCUAUGUUCAGCAUAUUAAACGGCGGGACAUAAUUCUGAAAAGAGAGCUUGGUGAGGGAGCCUUCGGUAAGGUGUUCCUGGCUGAGUGUUACAACCUGAGUCCCACUAAGGACAAGAUGCUGGUAGCUGUAAAGACGCUGAAGGAUCCCACACUUGCAGCCAGAAAGGAUUUCCAGCGUGAGGCUGAGCUCCUGACUAACCUUCAACACGAGCACAUAGUGAAGUUCUACGGAGUGUGUGUGGAUGGAGACCCUCUCAUCAUGGUCUUUGAGUACAUGAAGCACGGAGAUCUCAAUAAGUUUCUCAGAGCCCAUGGGCCAGAUGCCAUGAUCCUAGUGGAUGGACAGCCUUUGCAGACGAGUGGUGAACUCGGUCUGUCCCAGAUGCUUCAUAUAGCCAGCCAAAUUGCAGCUGGGAUGAUCUACUUGGCAUCUCAACACUUUGUGCAUCGUGAUCUGGCAACCAGGAACUGCUUGGUGGGGAAUGGUCUUCUGGUCAAAAUAGGAGAUUUUGGCAUGUCCAGAGACAUUUACAGCACAGAUUAUUACAGGGUGGGAGGUCACACCAUGCUGCCUAUCCGCUGGAUGCCACCAGAGAGCAUCAUGUACAGAAAGUUCACCACAGAAAGUGAUGUGUGGAGCUUUGGCGUUAUUCUGUGGGAGAUCUUCACUUAUGGAAAACAGCCAUGGUUCCAGCUCGCCAAUAAUGAGGUGAUAGAGUGUAUUACUCAAGGCAGAGUACUGGAGCGCCCAAGACUCUGUCCUAAGGAAAUCUACGAUAUUAUGCUUGGCUGCUGGCAGAGGGAACCGCAACAACGUCUCAACAUUAAGGACAUCCAGAAGAUGCUGUUUACUUUGAUGAAAGCCACACCAGUCUAUCUGGACAUACUGGGAUAAUAAUAGCCACAAGGAGACACUAAUGGAAUAUAUUCAAAGCACUGAAUUGCCCCCAAACAGAAGUGAUCUGUUUGCAUACUCUGUGGUGAAACUAUGCGGAUUAGGGGCUGAAAAUACCCAGUUUUCAUCUGCCCGAUAUUUGAGGACUGCAACUAACACAUUGUAUAUUAUGUUUAUUUAACUGGACCAAAAUGAUCUGAAUUGAAUCAGUACCGAAUAAUCUGGAACCUGCAAAUUCUAUACCCAUUUAGUUUUUUCAAAUGGAAUUGUAACUAAAAAGACGUAAGUAUAAAGUAUGUAUUGCAACAAUGUGGACUGAUUAUCCUGAUAGUGCUGAUGUGGUAUAGUUAAGGUGUCACAUCAUAAUAAUGUGCGUUUCACCCUGUUUUGAUCAUAGCAGCACUAGUUAAUAAACCCUGACCUGGACUGGUAGUUUACUGGUAGUAAUCCUGCCCAGGAUUACAUUGAUCUCAGUUGGAUUGGCUAAUAGGUUUCACAAACCUUAAGUAACCUUCUAGUCUUCCUGUGGCUUAUCUUUGCCUGGUCUUCAUUUGUGAAAUGUGAAAAGUCAGAAGGAUGAAUUUGUUCUCUUUUUUAUUAUUUUAAUUUAUAUCUGUGCCCAAGCUCGUCAAUUUCACAAAAUCUUUCUCAUGUCUUGGGUUGCAGUGGUAGACAUCUUUAAUAUAAAGUAAUGAUGAUGAUGAGACACUAUAAAGUUUCAAAGUACUAACAUUUCUGUAUUCUGUUUUUAAUUUCUGGCAACCCCAGAAACCAAUGGCAGAGCCAAAAUAUUUUCAGGGGUGGCCAGGCUGCAAGGCUGAGGUUGAGCACAGAAAAUUCGCUUUCUUUUUAAAGCCCUUUCCCUCCCCCCCUUUUUCAGAGAAACAGUAUUCACUAGAUGUAAUUCAGUUUCGUGGAUUAGCACAUGGAUCCCUAAAAGGUUUUGCUUUUGGUUGUUUAUGGUUGCUACACUGUGGCCACAGUUUGGCUCUGCACCUGCCUGAAACCACCAACAUUCUUGUGGGUUGUGGCACAGUUGUUCUGACACAGGUAUUUGGGGAACAGACCACAUUUAUUGAGCAUUCACAAGGACCAGAUAGUUGUAUCUUAAUGUCAAGGAAAUGUGUAGUUUAUGUGACCAUGUGCAGAUUAUAUUUCUUGACUUUUCUUUCUGUUCAUGUAUAAAUUAAGGAAGGAGGUGAAAAAAUAGAACAAUGCACAUAAAUCAAAUAUUUCAUGUACAGCAGCUGCUAUACAUGACUGCUGUUCUUAAGUGCUAGUUCAGUGGCAGCUUGCAACACAGUUUUUUUUCUGAAACAUCAUUGUUACUACACUUUUAAGUCCGGAGCUCAUGAUAGCUCACUGAGCUGCUUAGCUUUACAAGAACCUGACCAUACCUUCCAAUCCUGAGCCUGGAAGCAUGGCCUGAGUGACUGUCUGCCACUAUAGAAAUGGACCUAAGUGCCUCCUACUUCUUUCUGAACACUAGGAACCAGGAAAGUAGUCUUUCAAAAUAAUAGCACUUUUACAUUUUGUUUACCUGCCUAAUGGCCACUAGCUGUAAACUCUUCUUUUUCUUAUUACCAGCCUAGUUUCAUAAGUAUCUACUGUAUAAAAAAAUUAAAAGCAAAAAAAAAAUAAAUUAAAAGCCAAACUACCCAAGGUGAAAUUGAAAUUACAUUUUAGUAUAUACACUAACCAGUCAAUUUAUUAGGUAUACCUGUUAAACUGGUCAUUAGUAUAAAUAUCAAAUCAGCCAAUCACAUGACAGCAACCCAAUAUAUUUAGACAUGUAGGCAUGGUCCAAAUGAACUACUAAAGUUCAAACCCAUCUUCAGAAUGGGUGAAAAUGGGUGAUUAAAGUGACGUUGGACGUGGCAUGGAUGCCAGUGCCAGGUUGGCUGGUAUUUCAGAAACUGAUACUACUGGGAUUUACCCACACAACCAGCCGCAGAGUUACACCAACGAGGCUGAAACUGCCUUGAGCUGAUAACAAGGCAAUAGGAACUCGAAUAAUCACUCGUUACAACCAAGAAGCAUCUCUAAACGUACAAUAUGUGGGUCCCAAUAGAAGACUGGAAAAAUGUUGCCAUCAGUGCCUGAUGAGUCUUGAAUUCUGCCAUGACAGUUGGAGGGUAGGGUCAGAAUAUGAUGAACCCAUGGAUCAAACCAACCUUAUGUCAGUUAUUCAGGCUGGUGGUGGUGUGGGAUAUUUUCUUGGCAAGCGUUUGGGCCUUUAAUAAUAUGCCUUCAUUGUCACAAAUUACCCGAGUAUUGUUGUUGACCAUGACUAUGAUCACAGUGUACCCAUCUUUUGGGGUGUGGUGAGACCACAGAUUCACGUUGUGGAUGUAGAACCAAAAAAUCUGUACUAACUGUGUCAGCAUGGAUCAGAAUCUCUGAGAGAUGUUUGCAGCACCUUGUUGAUUUUAUGGCACAAAGAAUUAUGGCAGUUUUGAAAUUAGAAACUGGCCCAACUCACUAUUAGCAAGGUGUGCUACUAGACCGUUUACAGAUAACCAUUUGCCAUUUUCCAAAGCUAAAAAAAAAUUAAUGAACUGAUAUAUGUGUGAACUGAAAGGAUAAUACUUGAGACACUAGGAUGUAUAUACUGUAAAUCUGUCUGUCUUGAGAUAUGUUAAUUUAUUUUGUUUUCCUAUGUUGGAUUAUUUUUUGUUUCUAAAUAUGUUAUUAUAUGAUUACUGUAAAUCUUAUAGAUCUUUUGAUUUGCUUUCCAGUUGUAAUUUACUGUCACGAGUUGCAUUUAUCUCAUUAGAGACUGGCUAAAAAAAUCUAGAUUUAAGAAAUGUCAUUUUGUUUUGUGUCAUUUUAUACUAUG